CAUCAUCGCUUUUUGGACGCAUUGAACCAAGCGGCAAAGACGUUCUAUUUACUCUCCACCUUUGAUUACUUGUUUUUGACUGGCGCCGGCUUCUCGGUUGCCUUGUUUACCUUCGUCGUUCAAGUACACUUUUACUGCCGCGAACCCAGCACUGACUAUCUUCCUACUCGCAGUCAAAAUGUACAGUAAAGAGCUAGUCUCAGCUGUCGCGGCCUUUGGCCUCAUUUCUGGCGCUGCUGCUCUGGGCUGCAAAGAUGAUCCUGUCGAGGUAAACAACCAAGCCGAUGCUACUCAAGCCGCGGACUGCUCCACCAUUCCCAACGAUCUCGUUCUGGGUCCUGGAGCGGGCCCAAUGAUCGAUCUCGGUGGCCGUUUGACGUCAAUUGGUGGUAACUUCGUCGUUAAGAACAACGGGCUUAUUCAGACUCUGCAAUCUUCUUCCCUUGAGAAAGUCGGUGGCGAUUUCCAACUAAACAAUGUGACAUCUCUCACCUCGUUGAUCUUCCCUGAGCUGGGAGAAGUCGGUGCCAUCAACUGGGUUACUUUGAGCUCGCUCCAGGAGCCUACCUUUGGUAACCCCGGUAUCACGAAGGCCAAGAGCGUCAAGGUUGCCGAUACGUUUGUCGCCAACUUGGACGGCAUCAACGUCCAGGAUCUAGAAGACAUGGACAUUAACAACAAUCGCCGGUUAUCAAAGUUCAUUACUAGUAUUAAGAGCUUGUCCAAUACCCUUCGUGUUAAUGCCAACUCUCUCAACAUGACGAUGGAAAUGCCCAACCUGGAGUCAAUUGCCAACAUGACUAUUUCCAACGUCAGCACAUUCGCUAUUCCUUCUCUCAAGACCGUCAACGGUUCCGCCUACUUUGACUCUAACUACUUCUCUGAGUUCUUUGCUCCCAACUUGACGAAGGUUCAGGACGGCUCUCUAUCAUUCGUUAGCAACCCCCAGUUGACGAACAUCUCGAUUCCCCAACUAGAGAAGGUUGGUGGUGGUUUAACCAUUGCCAACAACACCGCACUCAACAAGAUUGACGGCCUAGGAUCCCUUGCCGAUGUCGGUGGUGCUAUCAAGAUGCGUGGUUCUUUCGAUGAAAUCGAUCUGCCCAGCCUCAACAAUGUUGUCGGAACCGCUGAAUUCGUCAGCACUGAGGAUAUCGAGAGCUCUUGCGAGGAGUUGAAUAAGCUCAGCGGAAACGUUGUCCAAGGCAAGGUUACUGCUUGUGACAGUGAUAAUGCAACGGCUAACAACGACACCUCCACUGCUGGUGAUGGUGACAGUGGCAGUGGCAGCGGUAAUGGUAGCAACGACGAUGACAGCGCUGCUUCCCUUGCUGGUGCUAGCCUGUCAACCGUCUUUACCCUUGCCGCCCUUGGUGGCCUUGUUGCCACCUUCUUGUAAAUCGGCGGGGUUUGAUAAUGUACCGAGGCAUGCCUCAAAUUCUUUCUUCCUCUCAUGUCAGUAUGUCGUUUGAUGAGCCGCUUUCCGCGACUGGCGUUGUGCUACGUACAAGAAUUUGCUAGACUUAAUACCGAUGUGUUUAUCUCCUGGAAUCCCGUGGCUUUGUCUUUAAUACCUCUCUGGUCGUAUGAUGCAUCGUCAACUUACAAAAAAAAGCAAC